GUUCUUACAUAGGUAAACACAAUUUCAAAAGCAAUUUCUGCCAACGUACGGACGAUAACUGGUAGACAUUCGGCUACAAGCCAUCUUCUCAUAAUGGCAUCAAAAUCCUCGGAAGAGCUUGAUUGGAAGAGUAUUAUCAAUCCUUUUAAAUCAUUAAUUAUUAAACUGCACAAUGACAUGGUAGAGAAAGAUUUGGAAAAGGCCAAAUUCUACUCAAGACAAAAGUUAGGAAGUCCAGUAUUAGAAAAAAUACAAACACCGCUUGAACUGUUUCAAAAACUGGAAGACUAUAAUAUUAUCACGGAAGACGACACUUCAUUCCUGGAGCAGAUUUGCCAACAUAUUAAACACAAUAUCGGCCUACAUGAAAUACAAGAGUACAAGAGUAUGAGAAAGGUGCACAGAGAAUUUGAACAUCUCCUGGCUGUUAAAAGCGACCCGUUAUUUGUUGGAAGAGACGAUGAGCUGAUGAGGAUAAUGAAGGCAUUUGUGGAACUUGUGGAACCGGCAGGUGGGUGUUGCUGCGUGGUUCUCGCUGGUCCGCCUGGCAUCGGUAAAACUAAGAUAUCCAUCAAGACUUGUGCAAUCUUCUCCCCCUAUUUUAAGGAUGGUGGCGUUGUUAAGUCUUAUCUUGUGAAUUUGAGGAAUGUGGCAUCAUUUGGCGAGGCUGGAGCAGCCAUCAUGAAUGCAAUUGGCUUUAAAGAAAUAUCGCCCACCACGUUUAGUAUCGAUGAUUUAUUGCAAUAGAUGCCACCACAAGAUUCAGAAACCAUUAUCUAUUUAGAUAACGCAGAUGACAUUCUUAGGCCAAGAAGUACAUCACGUGAUGAUUUUACGAACUUUCUUUGUGAAUUCCUUGAGGAAAGUAAACAGCGAAUAAAGUUUUUGAUUACUACCAGGUACAAGAUUGAUAGUGACGUCCUAAUUGAACGUGAAAACUUCCAUCAACUUGAUCUAAAACCACUCGAGUUAUCAGAUGCUGAGUCACUUCUACGCCGCUCUUCUGGGAUUCUUAGCCUAGACGAUGGAUUAUGCACUAGUUUGGUGUCUGUGUGUGGUCGUAACCCACAUGCAAUCAGAGCAUUGGCAAGCCGUCUGAAACAGGGGCAGAUCAAACCAAAGGAAUUACUGGAAAUUCUGCAGAAACCUGUUCCAGAUAGUCGGAUUCUUGAUUGUCGGUACCAAAUGAACAUGACAGAGGAUGGUCAGGAGAUCGAGCAGCAAGAAAGUGUGCUCAGAUGCCUUCGUGUUUUAUUUAAUCAACUCGAUAAAGAUUCAAAGAAAUACUUAAUCAAGUUGUCUGUGUUUCCAAGUUUCUUUUACGAGGAAGUUGCAACCGUCAUUCUUGAUAAAGAUGAAAGUAUGAUUAGUUUGUAUCUGCAGGAUCUCUGUAUCUACGGGGUAUUGGAAUUCGAAAAGCUUGACCAGUUCGUAAACAUUGCAUCUGGUGCAGGUAAUUUUAACCAGUACAAUUUACAUACAUUGGUGAGAAUGACAUGUGCAGGUGCAACAAAAGAAGAUGACUCUCUCAGAAAACUUAGAGACACGGCAAUGGCAGCGUUUCUUAAGCACUACCAUCAGGUGUUAAAUAACAUUUCUGAAGUUGCAAACGUGAAUUUUAGGGAAGGCCUUGAAAUGUACCAGAACGAUAAAGUCAAUUUGAUGCAAUAUAUUGAGCAUGCAGCAAAGAUCCAGUCACAACAAACCGCUAAAGAAUUGGACUUUUCUAAAGAAGAUAAACGAUAUCUCAUAAUCGAGAAUUUGGUUGAUGCAGAUCGAAGAUCAGAAUAUUUUAAGAACGCUUUAGCUAAGGCUGAAAAGGAGAAAGACGGGAUCACAUACAGUUUAAUAUGUGCAUGGCUUGGUGAACAGUACAUAAGCCAAGCUAAGUUGGAGGAGGUGCACGAAAUUGUAGACAAGGGGUUGACAACGUUGGAAAAACUAAACGCAAGCGAGAAACAUCAUAAGAAUGCAAUGAUAGCUAAGGCAGCCUGUUUGUACGUAAAAGGGCGAGCAUUUGCUAACCAGCGAGAGUACAAUGACAGUCUGGACAGUCUUCAAAAGUCGUUGGAUAUACGAACGAAACUCGAGGGAGAUCACACGAUGACUGCUCGCACUCUUAAUGCAAUCGGUAACGUGUUUUAUCUUCAGAAGAAACUUCGGGACGCCCAACGCUAUCACGAACAGGCAUGGGAAAUGAUUAAAAAUAUUACAGAAGGCAAACCUGAAGUGCAUUUGGAUUCCUCUGUGUAUGUUAUGAACUUGGGCGCCUGCUUUAGAAGCUGGGGUAAUCGGUACAUGGAUGCAAACGAACCAGAAAAGGGAGAGCAACAAUAUAAUAAGGCUCUGGAGUGGUUUGAUAAGGCCUUAGAAAUGCAGCACAAUAGUUUCCCUGGGUUGGAAAUCGAGCAGACGGCAAAGAUCUUAAAGAACAGGGCGCUUUGUCACUUUGAAUUGGAGGAUUACAGUGAAGCAUUACCUGAUGCAGAGAAAAGCUUAAGAAUUAUUCAGCGUAUUUUCAAAAAAGAAAACCCAGAAACAGCAAGAUGCCUGUUCUUCGUUGGUACUACUCAUCAUCACAUUGGCAAGAAAAUACUGAAGUCUACCGAAGUUUCAGAAGACGAGAAAGCUGAUGCUCAUAAAAACUUUGAAAAAGCUUUGAAAUUCCUCGAGGAUGCUUACAAUAUGGAGCACAAACUAGGACCCGGCAGACAAAGCCAAGACUACGAAGAACUGAAGAGGGAGAUAGUGGAUGUUCUGAAAUCCAUGGGUGAAGACGAAGAUGCGAUUGUCCGGUGGGAACAACAAUUUGCAGAAACAGACAAACAAAAAACAGAGUGUUAAGAAAGUUGGGCCAACCACAUCAUCACCAGCCACGCUCGGAGACGGUGCUUCCUCGGAAACAGGAACACCUCCUGCCAAGAAAGGACUUCGAAAUUUUUACAUUGCUUAAAACCUUGCAUGAGAUUUCGACGGUUAAACUUUGUGUAAGUUUAUAGUGCAAGAGUUCUCAUCACAUACAAAAGGCCUAUUUAUUCAUUCGCUGCUAAGGUAUCAAAAUACUAAAAUUACCCUGGUGUGCUGCUCCACCCAUUUGGUGGGCAGACAAAAGUAACUGAUAUCGAUUUUCCGGGUAGAGGGACCACCAUUAGUGGUGCAGGAAGUUUCCUGCACCACUAUAGUCACUAGAUAUGGUGACUCUUCCCACAGCACACUCCAAGCAACAAUCUUCUCCUCCACUGAUUCUCACCUUGUCCAAGCCCACAACUCUUUUCCUCCUCUGGCUCUCAGGCCUCUUGGGUUAUUAACCGCCGUUCACUCUUACUUGCCAAUGGGAGAUACAUCAUACUCUACAUUGUCGCCAGUUUUGCAACAUGCCAAUUUGUAUGUGAGCAAGGUAUUUUAAAAGGAGAGGGAUAGUGAUUAUUGAAAUUUCAUUCAUUUUUAAAAUAUAAAUAAAAUAAACAUGUACAGUAUGUGUAAAGAAAAUAUGCCUAAAUCAAGCUUCCAUGAAGAUAUUAAAUUAUAUGAAUAUGGGGAUCCAAGGUCAGUUGUAGCAUUUAUGGUCAUAUUGUGGUAAAAUGUUUCAUUAGAGAAAAUAGAAAUAUGCAGAUUUUAAUAUUUAUGCUGCCACUAUUUCGAUUGACCUUUCAAACCGUAGUAGAAAACAAUAACUGUCGUUGUAUGUAAACUAUUAUGAGAAAUAUGGCGACUUUUCCAGAUUUUCGUUUGAUGUGGUAAAUGUUAGUUGUUGUAUAAUCCUUAGAUAAUGUGCUUUGUGUUUUAGUGAUAGCUAAAUUCAGAUUUGGCAGCCAUAUUGGCUGCCAUUUUGGAUGUUCACAGAGGCUAAAAUUGACAUUUGGUGGUGGCAAUGUAUUUUGACUUUUUAAACUAUAGUAUAGAUAAAAAAUAUUGUUCUAUGUAAAAUAUUAUAGGAAAUUCAAAUUUGGAGGCCAUUUUGGCGGCCAUCUUGGAUUUCUCAAAUUCCCCAAGGGUAAAAUAAUAUUACCCGGUGGAAUAUCAAUCUGGAUCACUUGUAGAGCCACAAUCCACUGGAAACAAUUAUGCACCAAAUUUUGGACGCUUAACCACCAUAGCACCCAGACUAUGAACGCGAUAUGUUCAUGCUAUGGAGCGCCAU